ACCAGUGAAGCACGCAUAAACUGAAUUUCGAACUUUUCUUUCUCUCUUCAAAGUCGUAAGUUCGCGCCACUGUAUUUCAGGUGGCGCUCUAUAUGCGACUUUGCCAGAUCGAACACGUGUAGUGUAAAUUGCGUUGCUUGCGACGCAUUUUUCCUCGUAUUUUUUCUAUUAAAAAAGAAGGAAACCAUGAGGAUUGAGACGUGUUAUUUUUGUUCGUCAAGGAUAUAUCCUGGACAUGGUAUUCAAUUCGUUCGAAACGACUGCAAGAUCUUCAGAUUCUGUCGAUCCAAGUGUCAUGCAGCCUUCAAGAAGAAGAAGAAUCCAAGAAAAGUCAAAUGGACCAAGGCAUACAGGAAAACAGUUGGCAAGGAAUUGGCUGUUGAUCCAACCUUUGAAUUUGAAAAAAGGAGAAAUGUUCCAGUUAAAUAUAACAGAGAAUUAUGGACCCAGACAAUCGAUGCUAUGAAGAAGGUUGAAAGCAUUAGACAAAAGAGAGUCAAUACACACAUUUUACAACGACUAAGAAAGGGACGUGAACUUGAACAAGACAGAGAUAUCAAGGAGGUUCAAAGAGAUCUGUCUCUUGUAAAAUCACCUGCUGCUGGUCUCAAGGAGAGAAAGAAGUUGGAAGAAGAACAAGAAAAUGAUGAUAGGAUUGAAGAAAGUGACGAGGAAAUGGAAGCUGAGGCAAUCGAAGUGAAUUAGUUAUAGACUUUAUUUUUUACUUUUUAAUUAAUUUAGUUUAGGAACAAUAAUUCUUUAAUUAUAUUAAAAUACUGUUGAAGUAACAAUAAGAUCAUUGCUAUUAAUAUAAGUAUUGUAGUGUUA